AUGCAAUCCCAUGGCGGCUUGGCCACAUUACUGGGCAACUUGUCUGCCUUUAUCUACGGUUGGACGCCCAUGAUCCUCCUCAUCAGCUACUCGGUCUUUAGCUUUUUCUUCUUCAUUGUCAUUCCACCCAUCUGGCAAGCGGUGUUUUUCUAUGUGCUGCUAAUUCUGCAAACCCUCACCGCCCUAUCCGUUUCCACCGAGGCGAUGCAGUCGAUUCGACCUUCGGUCAAAACCCGACGAGCAUUUCGCAAAGCAGCCAAGGAAGGAUGGGCCGAGACAGAGAACGGCAAACCAUGGCCCAAAAUCGAUGUGAUCCUCGUAGCUUACUUGCCCAACGAGCAGGACAUCAUCAUGCGACAACUUCGCUAUGCUCUGCGCGAGAUCAACUAUCCCAGCGACAGGAUCAUGAUCAACCUUGUCUACAACACGCCCAAACCCAUCGAGCCAGUCGAGAGCGAGCUGCGAGAGCUCGAAAAGGCCCACGCGAGGCUGCGCGUCAUCAAGGUGCCCAACUCGACCUCCAAGGCGGACAACAUCAACUACUACCUCUCGUUGGAUUACAAGUGCGAAAUCAUCACGCUCUACGACACUGACCACUAUCCAGAUCCCAAUGCACUGCGUUGGGUUGCACGCAGAUUCCUGCAAGGCGGCAUCGAUAUCAUCCAGGGUCGCUGCUGUGUCUACAACUACGACGAAACUUGGUUAACCAGACUAGUAGCUGCCGAAUUUGACAUGAUCUACGGUGUCAUGCACAGCGGAAGGGCCGUGAUGCAGGGCUACGGCUUCUUUGGUGGCUCCAACGGUCACUGGAACGCCAGUCUGCUCAAAACUCUGGGAAUGCAAAAGCACAUGUUGACCGAGGAUAUUGACAGCUCGAUGCGAGCCAUCAUCUCGGGAGCUCGCAUCGAGUACGACCUCAAGGUGCUCUCCUACGAACUCGCGCCUGAGACGGUUCCAGCCUUGUUGAAACAGCGCCUGCGAUGGGCACAGGGUUGGACCCAGGUGGCCUUCCGACACGCUCUACCAGCGAUUCGCAGAGGAGCCUACUCGGACGACAAUGGCUGGAGGUCUCGUAUCGGUCUCUUCCAGCUCCUCGUCUAUCGAGAAAUCUACUUCUAUUGCAACUUGAGUCUCUUCUUUAUCCUCUUCUCGGGUCUCAUCCUCAGCUUUCCUCACCAAGGCUUAAAGGCUUGGUUCGAUGACUUUGGAGGCUUUGCUAUCUCGAUGUGGGCACUCGCCAUCAACCUGAUCUGCCUUUUUGUGACCAUUUGUAUUACCCUCAAGAAUCGUUCGAAUUUCACCCACCCGAUGGGCAUCGUUGCUUUCGGCUUGCUAGCACCGUUCUACUACACCAUAGUCAGCUUUACCUCCAUCUUCUGCCACUUUCGCGAGUUCAUCAAAUUCGAAAAGUGGAACCCUACAGCGAGGGGAACAAAGAAGCCAUAG